AUGUCGAAUGUACGCCCUUCAAACGAGCAUGUCAGUUACCUGGGAGACCAGCCGUGGCAUGUGCCGUUCCCAUCUCCACCUAUGACUCCCAAUCACGAUCCCACUUCAUCUGGAAGUGAGGCUGAGAGCAAUGAUGCACUUGACAAAAUCUAUGCCAUCAAGCACGACCUCCAAUAUUUGUCUGAGGCAACAGAUUGGUGGGAGAGCAAAUGUGAUAUUCAAUGCCAAGUUAUGGGAAGCUUGGCCAACAAGUUGAACAAAGCACAUGCUGGAGAAGUGAAGCAAACUCUAAAAGCAAUAAGUCAGAGCAAAGAGUUAGAGUCCCUCAAGUUAAAAUUGGAAGAGACAAAGAAAUAUGUUGUCCAACAAUUCACAAAAUCAGAAGAAUAUGACCAUGAAAUGGUUGAAUGUUUCAACAACGGUUUCGAGAUGUUCUGA